GCAAGAUAAAUAGAAGCGUCGACAGGCGCGGCCCGUCAUCCCUUUCGAUUGAUCGAGAGGCGAAGCGGAGUGGGAGGAAAAAGCGGAGUGGGAGGAGACGAGCAUCAUGAACUACCCAGUGCAGAAGAACACCCUCUAUGUAGGUGGGUUGGCGGAGGAGGUGAACGAGGCGAUCCUGCACUCGGCGUUCAUACCGUUCGGGGACAUCAAGGACGUGAAGACGCCGCUGGACCAGGCCACCCAGAAGCACCGCUCCUUUGGCUUCGUCACCUUCCUCGAGCGCGAGGACGCCGCCGCCGCCAUGGACAACAUGGACGGCGCCGAGCUCUACGGCCGCGUCCUCACCGUCAAUUACGCCUUCCCCGAGCGCAUCAAGGGUGGCGAGCAAGGAUGGGCCGCCCAGCCCAUUUGGGCUGAUGCUGAUACGUGGUUUGAGAGGCAACAGCAAGAGGAAGAAAUGCAGCGCCUGCAGGCGGAACACCAAGCUGCAAUGCGAGCAGCUGAGGAGCUUCAUCGGAAGAAGCUGGCGGAAGAGAGAGAAGGGGAAAAGGAAGAAGAAACAGAAAAGAUGGCUGAUCCCAUGGCAGCAGCUGAAGCGGAAGUCCUGACACAGAGCAGUUAAACCAUCCAUCGGUAAUUCUAUCAAAUUGGGGAACCAUCAUGUAUAUCUACGAACAUCAUAUCGCACAUGAACCAAUUUAGAUCCUGGCUCAAGUCCUUUUUCUGCUUUCUUGAUGAUUAUGUUCUCCUGUGGCUACCGCUCAUUGUCUUUGAAUUGCUAUUUAAGUGGAAUGCUUGUUAUAUUGAUGUGAAA